AUGCCAGUCGUGGAAAUUAAGAGCAUGGCCGACUUCAAGGAGAAGAUCGCCAACUCGCAGGACCUCGUCGUCCUGGACUGCUGGGCCCCAUGGUGUGGCCCAUGCCGCGCCAUAUCCCCAAAGAUUGAUCAAUACAGCGAGGUUUACUCGCAGGCAAAGUUCUACAAGGUCGAUGUCGACGAAGUUCCCGAUCUUGCUCAAGAGCUCGGAAUCCGCGCUAUGCCUACCAUCGUUUACUUCAACAAGGGCGAGAAGUUCAGUGAGGUUGUUGGGGCUGACCCCCGUGCCAUUGAGGAGGGUGUCAAGAGUCUGAUUGCUUAG